AUGCCAGGUAGUCUGAACCUCUCCUCGAUCCAUCUUUCAAUCUCGGGAUGGGACUUGGUUGGUCAGCCUCCUACAGCCGGCGGUGAGGCUGCAGCUCUCGCCGGUACCGAGGACGAUAAGUCAUGCCUGGCAGCUGGUAAAGGUAUAGACUAA